CCACAAUGUCUCCCAUCGCCACGACGACGACGACCCAGACCGCCACCCCCAAGGACAAGCCCACCAAGGCCGGCUGCACCCCCGACGAACGGGAGGAGACAGUGCUCAACACAAUGCGCCUCCUCGCCGCCGAUUUGUGCCAGCAGCACAACAGCGGGCAUCCGGGUACAGCGAUGGGCGCAGCUUCCAUUGCUGUGGCCCUCUACCGGCACCAGAUGCGAUACAACCCGGCCAACACGGAAUGGUUUGCGCGUGACCGCUUUGUCCUGUCUGCGGGCCAUGCCUCACUGCUUCAGUACAUCAUCCUCCACCUCACCGGGCAUGCCUUUUGGACCCUUGACGUGCUCAAGAACUACCACGGUCCGGUGCUUCACGGCCCCGCGGCCGGCCAUCCCGAGAUCGAGUUUCCGGGCAUCGAGGUGACGACCGGACCUUUGGGACAGGGUAUUGCGAAUGCAGUUGGGCUCGCCAUGGCGGGCAAGCAGCUCGGAUCCCUGUAUAAUCGUGAGGGCUUCCCCAUCAUUGAUGGCAAAGUGUGGUGCUUUACCGGUGAUGGGUGUAUCCAGGAGGGCGUGGGGAUGGAGGCCAUAUCUCUCGCAGGCCACUGGGGUCUCGACAACCUCAUCAUGAUCUACGACCAGAACAACGUCACCGUUGAUGGCACCAUUGACGCGUGCCUCACCGACGACACACCGGCCAAGCUUGCGGCGCAGGGCUGGCACGUCAUCUCGGUGGGCGAGGUGACCAACGACGUCGGGCGCGUCGUCGCGGCUCUGGAGAAGGCGCGUGGCGUGCAGGGCAAGCCGGUACUCGUUCAUGUGCAGACCAGCAUCGGGGCUGGGUCGUCCAAGGCCAAUACGCACCUCGUGCACGGGUCCCCUCUAGGGGUGGACAAUCUGGCGGAGACGAAGCGCGCGUUGGGGUUUGACUCGGCCGACAAGUUCGUCGUCCCAGCUCAGGUGUAUGAGUACUUUAGUGAUGUCGGGCCGCGGGGUGCGGCGGCCGAGUCGAAGUGGAACGACCUGUUCGAGAGGUACCGCCAAUCCUACCCCGUCGAGUACGCCGAACUGUCGCGUCGUCUCGCCGGGGAGCUACGAGAGGGGUGGGAGGCCGACCUACCUCUCAAGACCGAGCUGCCAAGCGACAUUGCGACCCGCACCGCAUCCAGUCUGGUAAUCCAGGCCUUGGCGCCGAAAGACGCGUCCUGGCUCACCGGCCCGGGAGAUCUCGCAUCGUCCUGCCUGGUCAACUAUCCCGGCCAGGUCGAGUUCCAGAACCCGAUCACCAACCUCGGCGACUACACCGGCCGCGCGGUGCGCUGGGGUGUGCGCGAGCAUGCCAUGGCAGCAAUCGCGAACGGCAUUGUCGCGUACCACCCCGGCGCAUUCCUGCCUGUCAUCUCGACGUUCCUCAUGUUCUUCCUCUACUCGUCGCCCGCGAAUCGCAUGGCUGCCCUCCAACGGCUUCGGGUCGUUGGACUCGCGACGCACGACUCGAUCGGUGUUGGACCAUUGGGGCCGACCCACCAGCCUGUCGCUGUUGCCGCCCUGUUCCGGGCCAUCCCGGGCAUGACGUUCCUCCGUCCUGCCGACGCAGAAGAGGUCAUGGGUGCAUACCUCGUUGCUUGUGGCACCUCGCACGCCCAGCGCCCGUCAAUCAUCUCACUGUCGCGGAACAACUUGCCCCUCCUCCAGGGAACAGACAGGAACAAGGUCAAGCUCGGCGCCUAUGUCGUCCACGGCGGGGAUGGCGCUGUGGUGACCCUGGUCUCCACGGGUUCCGAGGUUUCCCUCGCGAUCCAAGUUGCCGACAGGCUCACUGGGGAGGGCAUCUCCACGCGUGUCGUGUCCAUGCCCUCUCAGGUGCAUUUCGAUGCCCAGCCCGAGGCGUACCGCCGGGCCACCCUCCCUACACGCGACACCCUCGUCGUCAGUAUCGAGGCGUAUGUGUCGACGGGGUGGGCAAAGUACGCUCAUGCGGGGGCGCAUUUGGUGGGAUUCGCGCAUGCCGCGCCGGCCGACUUGCUGUACGAGUAUUACGGCUUGGGCGUGGACAACCUCACCAGGAAGAUCGGCGACUUGUACCGGCAGGCUAAGGGUAGCUUGCCCGCCGCUGGCGAGUAUGUUGAGCUUCUGGACGGGCACGUGCCGAACCAGUACGCAUUGGCAGUGUAGGGUGUGUUUGGGUCUGUACUCCUGGAUGUAUGUG